AUGAGUAGCAUAGAGACUAACGGUGUCACAUCAGUGACGAAGAAACGUCGUGGUUCAACCCAUAAGAACCUAUUUGAUUCAGAUCUCUACAGCAUCCCUAACGAACCAAACAGUUUAUAUCAACAAAGGAAAGCUGAAAAGUUACGGAACACACAUUAUCAAAGCCAUGGGUCUGUCUCAAGUCAGUUAGCUGACUUGUGGAAGUCAUUAAUUUCUUUUGUUCCAAAAGAAUACACUAACCAAUACGAUAAAGAUUUUUGGCCAGAAAUUAAUACAAAAGUGGUCAUAUUAUGUUUCCUAUGGUAUGUUACAUCUUCAAUAUCCAGCAAUUUGGCUAAAGCUAUCCUGAAAAGGUUUACACAUCCAGUAGCUCUUACCGAAUUACAAUUUUUAGUGAGUGCUAUUCUUUGCCUAUCUUUUGCAUGUCUUGUAAAUUUAUUCCAAAGACCCGAACUGAACCGUGGUGGUUUUGCUAAAACACUUCAGAGCUUCCCCAAGGGGAUUCUUCCAACCUAUAUGAACGGUAACUUCAAUGAAUGUAUUAAAGAGAGGUUUUUAAAACCAGACAAACUAAUUCUAAUGACCACAUUUCCACUCGGUGCAUUCCAAUUCGUUGGUCAUAUAACCUCACACAAGGCAACAUCAUUGGUGUCCAUCUCAUUAGUUCAUUCUAUCAAAUCAUUGUCUCCAAUCAUCACUGUUGCUUAUUAUGCUACAUUUGAGAAAAGAAAAUACAAACCUUUAACUUAUUAUACUUUGGGUCUUUUGAUAAUUGGUGUAAUGAUCACCUGUUGGUCAAGUCAUAAUCAUCAAAAUAAAACAGAAAAUAAAAAUAAUGGUAGUGUCAUAUUGUUAGGUAUAAUUUAUUCCUUCAUCUCUACGAUAAUAUUCGUGACUCAGAAUAUCUUUGCUAAGGGUGUCCUAAGUGUAAAAUUACAAAAAGAAGGUGUACUAUCAGCACCUUCAAGAGAUAAUACAAUGAGAAAACAUGAAAAAUAUACAUCAACCACCCAGAUAGAUAAGAUUACUAUAUUAUUCUAUUGCUCAUGCAUGGGAUUCUUACUUACAUUGGGUCCAUUUCUAACAAACGAAUUGUGGCACGGUUCUAGUUUACGAGCAGACAUGAACAUGACUGUUUUCUUAUUGACAUUAUUCCAUGGGAUAACUCAUUUCAUUCAAGCAAUGUUGGCGUUCCAAUUAAUUGGUCUUCUAUCUACAGUGAAUUACAGUGUUGCUAACAUCAUGAAACGUAUUGUAAUCAUCUCAGUAGCAUUAGUUUGGGAAUCACACCUAAGUUUUAUGCAAUUCUUUGGUUUACUAUUGACAGUCAUGGGUUUAUAUGGAUAUGACAGAUGGGGUUUAUCUCACAAGGAAUCUCGCCAAUUAUAA